AUAUCUACUUUUCUCUCCACCACUACCAAUCAGUCAAUGCAUUGGGCCACACCAAAGACCAAAGAUCGCAUGCUGCCUGAAACGGGAGGCGCAACUGGUGCUGGUGGCAGUGGCGGUCUGUCGGCGGCCUCACCUAAUCCAGCUCAUCGACGUGCCUCCGAGGGUGGUGCUGCACUCUAUUAUGGCAAUCGAAAAACUGAAUGGGGCACAGAGAAUUCCGAUGUGGCCAAUAAGUUCCGCAACUAUGAAAUUUAAGCAGAUAGUUGGAGUGUUAGCAGUAACGUCAACAACAACAACAACAACAACAACAACAACAACAACAACAACAACAACAACAAA